UCCCGGACGGACACUUUGCUCCCCCAUUCGCAUCGUUGCCGUGAUUUAUCUGCCGCAGCAGUAAAGAUGGCCAAGUGGACGUUCUCGCUUCUGGCGAUAUGCCUGACGGCGUUGGUGCUGGUAGUUCAGGCCGGCAAGGGCCCCAAGAUCACCAAUCAGGUCUACUUCGACGUGAGCAUCGACGGCGAGCCCGCUGGCCGCAUCGUCAUGGGUCUCUACGGCAAGACAGUGCCCAAGACUGCGGAGAACUUCCGCGCGCUGUGCACGGGCGAGAAGGGCGUUGGCAAAAGCGGCAAGCCGCUGCACUACAAGGACAGCAUUUUCCACCGCAUCAUCCCAAACUUCAUGGUGCAGGGCGGAGACUUCACUAACUUCAACGGAAUGGGCGGCGAGAGUAUCUACGGCGAAAAGUUUCCGGACGAGAACUUUAAGCUGAAGCACGCCGGCAAGGGUACGCUCAGCAUGGCUAACUCGGGCGCCAACACGAACGGCAGCCAGUUCUUUAUUUGCACUGUCAAGACCUCGUGGCUGGACGGCCGCCACGUCGUCUUCGGCCGCGUCAUCAAGGGCAUGGAUGUUCUCGACGCCAUUGAGGCUGUCGGCUCGCCCAGCGGUACCCCGAGCAAGAAGGUCGUCGUCACUGAAAGCGGUGAGCUGGCUGCUGACAACUUUGUGGAGGAAGAGUAAGCGAACCAUGCAAACUUGCAUCUCUCACGUAUGUCGGAUACUUGGCGUGACGAAUUCAAUAAAUGAGGUGCUAUCCAUUGUUUUUCCGUGUCAAAUUCUUCAUCAUGGACGGGUUUGCCGGCGCAUGCCGGAUGACCCGAAUGCUGUUGCAGCUCAGUCUCAAGAAUUAAGUUCCGAACAGCAUCGCAAGUUACAAGAAUCUAAAGAUAUUUCAAUAAGGAAGAUGGUUCAAUUGUAUGCAGCCCCA